UAUUUUUCGUACAGAAAUAUCUUAACGAGUUCAUACAAUUUUCCUUGAAGAUUCGUAAAAAAAAUCGUUACAGAAAUGAGAAACUCCUAAAGAUUUCGUCAAGAUUUUGGGAACAUUGGUUUGCAGGGAAGAGAAAUCCUUUCAAUGUAUUGGAGUUGCGGGUAGUCGCGUCUUGUAGGAAAGUAAUUUGGCAACAAGCGGUGAUAACUGAUUGUUCAAUAUCGAUUAUUGUGCCGAUAGUUGACGGUGAUGACCAUUCCUAAAUAAAAGAAAAAUAAGAAAAGGGCAAAAAUGGUGAAAUAAGUGGAUAUUCAGGAUUUUUAUUUAUCAUGUGUACACAUUGGAAAAUAGUUAAAGUUAAAUGCUUGGUUUUAUUCUUAUUAAUUUUUUCCACCGCGGUAAAUCUUAUGUGGACACUUUGCUUACUUGAAAUGGAAACGCGUUCGCAGUAUGUCAAUAAAUCGUCAAAUAGAAUAACGAAAACAACUGCAUUUGAAAAAAAUCUAUUAAUAGACUCUACAGUUAAUAGAACAGCAUUCGAGAAAAUUUCGAAGCAUAGUUUUAGGCUUGCUUUCGAAAAUAUAAGCUUUGAUACCGGAAGAUGGGACAAUCAUCGGCUUUAUAAGAUGUAUGAUUUCGCCUUGAUUGGAGAUAACUUUGUUGAAGCUUCGCAUGAAAACAUUGUAUGCUUAGCUACCCAAAGUUCUGUGGAGCGGCUAUAUUCAUUGACACAAGUUGCUCACCAAUGGAACGGUCCGAUAUCCACUGCUGUUUAUGUUGCCGGAAAUGAAGAGUUUUCUAUUUUACAAUACUUCGUAACAUACAUGCGGCUUUGUUUCUCAUUUAUUCGUGAUAACGUUACAUUUCACAUUGCUAUACCGAAUGACAAGAAACCUACUCACGGUCACAACCCAAAUCUUAUAAAAAACUUUGAUUGCCAAUAUCCUGAACAAACACUACGCCAUUUACUCAAAUUGCGCUCUGCGGACACAAUAAGAUGGCGCCUAAAGAACGAAUAUCCUCAAAAUCAUUUACGUAACCUAGCAAGAAAAGGGUGUCAAAAUAAAUAUGUAUUUCUAACGGACAUCGAUAUAAUUCCUAGUGGAAAUAUGGUAUCACUUUUGAAUAAUUUUCUACAGUCAACAAAAUGCAGUUACCGAUGCGCAUAUGUGAUUCCAACUUUCGAAAUAGACAAUAGAGCUAUGUUUCCAGUUUCGAAGCCGGAGCUUAUGCGACUCUAUAGGAAAGGUCUAGUACGACCAUUUCACGAGAAGGUUUUUAUAUACAACCAAUACGCAACUAACUUUUCCUUAUGGCUAACGAAUUCCUCAAUUGAAGAAGAGCGGGCGCACAUAAGUCAUGUUGUAACAAAUUUUGAAUUUUUGUACGAGCCUUUCUAUGUCGCCUUUGACGAUGUUCCUGCACAUGAUGAGAGAUUUAUAGGUUAUGGAUUCACCAGAAACUCGCAGGUCUACGAAAUGUAUAUCGCUGGGUACACUUUUUUUGUACUAUCCCCUGUUUUUAACUGCCAUUGGGGAUUGCAGCAGAAAAAAGCACGACCGGUUUGGCGUGAACAGCAAAAUAACAUAAACCGAAAGCGCUUCGAGAUCUUCAAACAAGAAAUACUCGCUAGAUACAAAAAAAAGACGAAUGGCUAGUCAAUGGGAUACACAGGAUUACUUAAUAACUAAUAAAAGUUAAACUGUUGCCAGUCAAAUUGUCGUUAUAUAAGAAAUAGUGACAUCUUAUUUUCGAAAAUUUUCGUGUUUUUCGUCUUAGUUAAUGAUACAUUCUCCCAGGUAGAGAAUGUUUUUCCCAGCAUUGACGUCUUGAUUCCAACAGGUACCGCAUUUUAGGCAAAAUUGGUACCUGUGGGGCGAUUUGGCCGUCAGGUUGACGCUAAAACAUUUUGCGCAAAGUUUUGUUGUCCAGAAUUCGUUCACCAUUAGGAUGUCUGCUCUGCGUUGUUUUAAAGCUGCGAUUAGUAACCGAUUAGGUACUCGUCUAUAUCUGCGCAUUGGUGAGUUUGAAGCAAUCUCGGUUGAACUUACACAUAUUAAGGUAAUAUUUUUUGUGUUUGGUACCAGUUAUUUCACAAUGUGGUUGCAGGCUUUUUGUCGGCAAAUGUACUUCUUCAACUUUAGCCGAGCCACCUUUCUUUG